ACGGGAGGGAGGCGGAAGGCCCGAAAAAUGUCUAAGGGCCCAAUCCCUAGUUCCCCGUCCGCGUCCUCCACUUCUCCGGGUCUUAGCGCCGCUGGAGGUUUACAGGCCCAACCAGAAAAGCCUCAGCACUACACAUAUCCAUACACUCAGAUUCACAAACAUCCUUGUAGACUCAUAUCAACAUAUACCAGGUACCUAAAAGAGUUUCGCACCGAACAGUGUCCCCUGUUUGUGCAGCAUAAGUGCACUCAGCACCGGCCGUACACCUGUUUCCACUGGCAUUUUGUCAACCAGCGCCGGCGGAGAUCAGUGAGGAGGCGUGAUGGAACCUUUAACUACAGUCCAGAUAUCUAUUGUACCAAGUACGAUGAGACUACGGGAAUAUGUCCAGAUGGUGAUGAAUGCCCCUUUCUACAUAGGACAACAGGGGAUACAGAAAGACGGUACCACCUACGCUACUACAAAACUGGCAUCUGUAUCCAUGAAACAGAUUCUAAGGGUCACUGCACCAAGAACGGUCAGCAUUGUGCCUUUGCGCAUGGCCCACACGACCUGCGCUCGCCUGUGUAUGACAUCAGAGAACUGCAAGCGAUGGAAGCUUUGCAAAAUGGACAGCCAACUCCUGAUGGGGUUAUGGAAGGGCAGACAGCCAUGGCAGCUAGCCAUGCCAUGAUAGAGAAGAUUUUAGGAGAGGAACCACGCUGGCAGGAUAACACAUAUGUUCUUGGACACUACAAGACUGAACAGUGCAAGAAGCCUCCUCGACUGUGCCGUCAAGGGUAUGCCUGCCCUUACUAUCACAACAGCAAAGACCGGAGAAGAAGCCCGCGCCAAAACAAAUACAGGUCUUCCCCGUGCCCUAAUGUGAAACACGGCGAUGAGUGGGGGGAUCCCAGCAAGUGUGAGAGUGGAGAUUCGUGCCAGUAUUGUCACACACGAACAGAACAACAGUUUCACCCUGAGAUCUACAAGUCAACCAAAUGCAACGACAUGCAGCAGUCUGGGAGCUGCCCACGUGGCCCUUUCUGUGCCUUUGCUCAUGUUGAACAAUCUCUGGUAUGUGAUGAUCUGCAGUCUCCCUCGGCUGUGUCCAGCCCUACACUGAUGGCACCUAUUAUGUAUAUGCCAUCUGCAGCAGGAGACUCUGUUCCUGUCAGCCCCUCAAGCCCUCAUGCACCAGACUUCAGCAGUAUGCUCUGUGCCAGGCUAGGAAGCCCAACGAAACUCUGUGGGUCUCCACCUGGCUCGUUAGGAAAACCCCACAGUUUUGAUAAUUUAGGUUUUCACACAGAUCUACCUGCCAGUUACAAGAAAGCUCCAGGUUGUGAGCGUGAAGACUCUGUAGGGGCAGAAUACCUCAAAAGCUUUAAAAGCCGAGCAAAGUUAAAACCACACUCUUUGGAACACAGAUGCCAGGAGCAGCCUCUUCUUCAGUCUAAGCAGGAAGUACUGGGUAUGUUGCCCAUGGGGAGCCCGCUUACUUCCAGCAUCUCCUCCAGUAUCACAUCCAGUCUAGCUGCCACUCCUCCCAGUCCAGCUGCCAUCAGCGGAACCCCUGGUAUGAAUGCCAAUGCACUUCCUUUUUAUCCGACCAGUGACACAGUGGAGUCUGUCAUAGAAUCUGCACUAGAUGACUUGGAUCUCAAUGAGUUUGGAGUGGCAGCGCUAGAGAAAACAUUUGACAGCAGCUCGGGUCCUGCCACAGGAGGCAUCAUGAUAGGGGGAAGCUUGAUGCAAAGCUCUGCACCGGUUAAUAUACCUGGGUCAUUAGGAAGUUCAGCUUCAUUCCAUUCCACCUCGCCAUCACCGCCUGUCAGCCUUUCGUCUCAUUUCCUGCACCAGACUACGGGACCACACAGCCAGUCUGACAAUGCCUUCCUUAGUACAUCAGCCUCUCAUGGAUCACUAGGCCUGAAUGGCAUGAAUAACAGCAUUUGGGAGCACUUUGUAUCAGGGAGCUACUCCCCAGGAACUUCCCCAGGUUUUCUGUCGGGCCAAGGGGGAACUGAGCUCAUCAGGUUGCAACAUGAGCUAGAGGAGGCCAGCAGCACUAUUAAACAAUGGGAAGACUCGUGGAAGCAAGCUAAGCAGGCUUGUGAUGCCUGGAAGAAGGAAGCUGAAGAAGCCAAUGAGCGAGCAACUGCUGCAAGUAUAGAAUGUGAAUUAGCCCGGGAGCAGAGGGAUGCUCUGGAGCUGCAGCUAAUGAAGCUUCAGGAAGAGCUGGAGAGGGUUCCAGUAGGGCAAGACUCAAAGAUGUAUGGCUCUAUGUCUGAGCUGGAGGGUCUUCCCCUUGCAACCCUCUACUCAAUUCAGAAGCAGCUACACACCAAUCUGGAAAGAGUCGACAAGGUCAGGCAGAGGGGCAGUUUAUCAGUUCAAAUCAACAAGAUGUCCUAAAUGUCAGGACCAAAAUAGGACAAUGCUUCAGUGCCAACGCUCGGUGCUAUGUGAAAUGUGCAAGGGUGAGGAAGGAGAUUGCCAGGCAAAUAUCACUCCAGUCUUGCAGCCGUGACCCUUGGCUGCCUGGCUACACAGGCACUUCCGAACUCUUAAUUUUUUUUAUACACUUUUAUAAAUAUAUAUUCAUACAAUGAAAUCCUAGUGAAACUAAGCACUUUUAAACAAAGGAACAAUUUUUCAUUCCCAUGGAAGGUACCCCUAAGCCUCUGGGUUUUUUUCUGUGGAGGGAGAGACUGCAACUUCUUACAAAAGUGAAAUGACCAUAUCUAGUCCUGUGUGGGGUAUUAAUCAGAUGUGUUUUACAAUUAUAUCAGUUAACGGGACCACAUUUGUGUCACCAUUUUGCAGAAAGCAGAUUAAGCUUUACCUAGUUUCAUGAGGAGUUUCUACCGAGUCACAGUACGCUGGUUGGUUAACUGUUUUGUGGUUACCAGUACAAAACUUUGUUUCUCUGAAGUGUUUAAUUCAGGAUGUCUGCUUCUUUUAAUGAGAUUUAUAGAUUUUCAGCAGGCAGAGGGAACAUUGCAUUAUCAAUGAAAGGACAAGUGUCCAUAAUUGUCUAUCUAUGUGGCUACCCACCUGGUGUAAUCCGUCAUUUUGCCAUUUACACAAUUACCAGGGAAUAACAGUUUAGAAAUCCAUCCUUAGUAGAAUGACCUGUUACCAGUCUGAAAGUUAAUUCUCUGCAGAAGGGGAGAUUAAGAACCGUCUUUUGUAAACACAUACUGUAUUCUCUCUGUUUUUUUAAUUCAUUUUAGGUGCCAGUCCUGUUCCUAUAACCAUUCUUGGACCAGAACCAGUGCAUAUUUCCAGAAUAUCUAAAUAUUACCACAAACGCAUUAGAAGUUAUAUAUACGUGUAAAUCACCAAAUUCUUAAUGCUUUGCUGGACACAAACCCUUAAAACAGGGAUGCAUCUAAUGCAGUAUUUUGUUUAAGAUUUUGCUGAAGCUGAAUCCUUAGUACUUUUUUCAGGAUUUGGAUUAGGCUAAAUUCUUAGUAUCAGGUGAAAUUAAAUGAGGACUAAAGAUAAAAACAUGGGGGGGGGCUCUCAUUUGUUAGUAACCCCAAAGUGAUUCUAAUUACUAACCUGCUACCCUGCUAUAUUCUUCAAAAUAUGCAACUAUUCAAUGUCCUGAAGCUGAUUUUUUUCAGAUGAAUACCAUUUUGUUCAGCGUUGCUGCAAUAUGAAUAUGAAAAUUAUGGUUUAUAUUUGGUUAAGUAUUCAGCUGAAACGUAUGAGAAGGAUGCAGUCUGAAAUGUUUAAAAAAUUUGGAUUUGGUGCAUUCCUAACUUAAUACUCCUGGGUUUAAGCUUACACUUAAAUGAAGUGUAGUUCAGUUCAUUAUUUCAAGAGUGCUGUCCCCCAGAAUCUGAUAUCCUGUAUUCAAAGCACUACAUCUUUUUGGGUCUACAACUGCCUAAAAAUACAAGGCCAGUUACCCAAUGCUAUGGGUACAGUGGGCAGAUGAUCCAAAGCAGGUUGAAAGAAAGCAGAUUAUCCGCCAGGCUGCAGGGUUUCUGUGCACUCCCACAGAGAAGAACAAGCAGCAGCCAAACUGCUAGUGCUAUGUAGGACUAUGGCACAAUCCAAUCCGCCAAUCAGACCUCUGAUGAGGAGGAAGGGGGGCAAUGUUAAAAUCUAGAAAUGGGUUCAAAUUUAAAUCAGUGUCCCUUUAAAAUCAUGCGAUAUUAAAGCACUGGACAGAUUUAGACGAAAAAGAUGACGCAGUUUUUGGAUAUUGUCUGGAGUUUAGCCCAAUCCUGUAUGGUGGAUGUGGUAUUAAACUGAAUUCUUCAGUAACAACAAGUACAUGAUAGCAACAGUUUAUUUUGCGCAAUAUACAGUGAAAAGAAGCUCUUCCAACAGAGACUGCUUUCUCAUCCAAUAACAUUAGUAAUUCUUUUUUUGGCUUUCAUAUUGUUUUGUCUACUUGCGUGAGUAACUAUGAGUCUCAAGCAAAUGUGAUAAAAUGUUAGAUUUUUUUUCAUUAUUUCAUUAGGUCAUUUUAUAUUGUAUAUAUUCUAUUGACUUAAGGGGGAGCUCUCUGCAUCAUUUACCUGUUUUAAAUGUCUUGUUUUCCUUAUAAACAAGUCUUUGUUCA